AUGAAUCGUUCAAUUAUACACAUCCCCGAUCCCUCCAUUUCCUACAACUGCACACCUAUACCAAUAAUACAACUUCUUUCGGAGACCUACAAGGAUGUACACGUCUACUUUGUGCUUAUUUGGUGCCCGAUCGGUGUUUUUUCGAACAUCCUCAAUGUCGUUGUGUUGAACCAGAAGUCCAUGCAAACACCGACCAACUUCCUACUCACUUCGCUUGCAAUCAGUGAUGGACUCAUCAUGUUCCUCUACAUCCCCUUCACUUCCUACUUCAUUUACGGGGAACAUAUGACGGCUGCGGCCUACCCAAUGGCCAUUUAUCUGAUACUUUAUGUCAACCUGCAAAAUUUACUGCAUAUUUUUUCCUGUGGUAUUAUAGUAACGUUAGCAGUUUUCCGUCUGAUCUACGCCAAGUACCUUCUGAAGUGCCAGGAAUGGUGCAGUCACAAGCGUGCUGUUCUUGCCGUCGGCAUAACCCUUUUUACCGCCACCUUCUUUACAAUUCCCUGCAUCAUUGGACACCGGAUAUUCCCUGUGAAUGAAGUCCUGCCAGAGGACGGUUCCACGGUUGCAACGGAUAGUGCAUUGGACACAUUCGACGAGAGGUACAUGGUCAAUUAUGUGCAAAGCGAGUGGCGACGCCGGCUGCUUUACUGGAAUGCUGCAGUUAUAAUGAAACUGGCGCCCCUCUUUUGCUUCAUAUUCCUCUCUUCCCUCCUGAUUGCCACAAUGCACGCACGAGUUAGACAUGCGCGUUCAAUGAGCCGACAGAGGUUCGAUCGAAAGAACCUACCCGAUCACUCGCUGAUGUCACAGGUCUCCUCUGCUGAUGCAACGGAGAAUCCCCUCAGACGUGUUAACGAAGCAGAUAAAAUCCGAGAAAGAUUACACAGCCGCACGACACACCUCCUUUUGGCGCUGAUGAUAAUUUAUAUUUUGGCGUUCAUUCCACAGGUAAUUCUCUUACUGAUGAGCUUUGGCAUGGGGAUCUGCUUUUCGGAGACUGUGUACGACCCAUUGGGCAACCUGAUGGACCUGCUUACAUUGCUGAGCUGUGGGACGAAUUUCUGGCUUUACUGCAUAAUGUCCCAGCAGUUUCGCAUAACCUUUCUCAAGCUCUUCUGCCCAAAGAGGUUCUCGGCCAAAGCGGAAAACACUCAGUGA